AUGGGCAUAACUGCACAUUUCAUAAAUGAAGAUGCUUUGCUUCAGUCCGUUUGCCUAGGAUGUGAGAUGUUUGAUGACAAGCAUACAAUAAAUAACUUGUCUAAUUAUUUGAAGAAUACUGUUGAGGAAUGGAACAUCCAAUAUAAAAUUACAGCAGUUGUGAGCGAUAAUGCACCCAAUAUUGUAGGAGCUAUAAAAAAAUGUAAUUUUCGGCAUGUACCCUGUUUUGCUCAUUGCAUUAAUUUAGUUGUACAAAGUGGGUUGAAAGAAAUAAGUGAAGUCCAGAAAAAAGUGAAGUCAAUCGUGGAAUAUUUUAAAAGAAGUUCACAUGCUUUAUCAAAACUUCAGUUAACACAAAAACAAAUGGGCUUGACUCCAUUAAAGUUGAAGCAAGAUGUUGUCACACGGUGGAACAGUACACAAGAUAUGUUUUAG